AUGUACCCGAGUGGAGCAACAAAUGUGUGUUGCGCCGUGUGUAAUACCAUCACUUCUGUGCCCCCUCCAGUAAUGGAAAUGUCCCAACUGAUAUGUGGAGGUUGCCGCACAUUGUUGAUGUAUACCCAUGGUGCUACAAGUGUGAGAUGCUCUUGUUGUCAUACAGUGAAUCUUGCACCAGCACCCAACAUUGCUCAUGUCAAUUGUGGGAAUUGCCGCACAACCCUAAUGUACCCAUAUGGUGCUCCAUCUGUGAAAUGCGCUGUUUGUCAGUAUAUCACAAAUGUCAAUAUGGGUAAUGCUAGGGUCCCCAUUCCCAUGCAUCGGCCAAGUGGAGUACCCACUUCAGCAUCAAUGCCCUCUAGCUCAGCAGCAUUACCCAAUUCUCAGAGCCAAACUGUGGUUGUCGAAAAUCCCAUGUCGGUUGACAAGAGUGGCAAAUUGGUAAGCAACCUCGUUGUCGGUGUUACAAUGGACAAAAAAUGA